AUGCUCAACUGUGAAUAUAUUGUGGAAAAAGUGUUAGAUAAACGUUCUGUUAAUAAUCGAGUAGAAUAUUUAUUAAAAUGGAAGGGGUGGUCAAGUGAAUAUAAUACAUGGGAACCUUAUGAUCAUUUGAACUGUGAAAAAUUAAUUAAACAAUAUGAACAGAAACAACAAGAAUGUCAGACUACAAAAUUAAUCACUACAACAAAUGUUAAAUCAUAUGCAGAAGAGAAAGAAAUUGUACCAGUAACUACAUCUUUGACUACGGAUAGUAUUAAAGAUGAAAAUAAUUUUCAUUCAUCAGAGCAAUCAUUUUUAUUUUUUAAAAUGGAAAAAGAUAAUCCAUUUAAUAAUGGUAUGACUCGAUUAGAAAAGAUUCUUGGUUUAAGGCAAGUCGAUGAUAAAUCGAAUAGACUCGAAUUUCAAUGUAAAUUACGUGGAUUGAAUCGACCCGUAUGGGUCUUAAACAAAAUUGUCAAUGAGCUCUAUCCAAAAGAUGUAAUACAAUUUUAUCAAAAACUUUUGAAAUUUGACGAUUAA